AUGGUGUCGGAGCAUUUGGUGAGCCUCUGUCAGGGGCCUGAAACAGUGAGCUCAGCUUUGGCCAAGAAUCCAAACGCAGCGCCCGGCGACAUCGUCAAGCAACUCUAUGGCCACUUCCCAAAAGACCUCCACCACGGUCUCCGCGAGCAGCGGGAAGCCCCAUCCCCGGACGCAUUGGAAGCAGCCUUGAAAUGCGGUCGCUGGGGUCCAACGAAACCGAGCCCUCUCUUUUUACAAGCCUUCGCCGACUCCCUCGAAUGCUUAGGCGCGGAUCCCAUGUCGGGGAUGGUUUCUCCUCCGCUGAUGGGAACCCACGGCACAGUACCGCUGACAGCCAUCUCGUCCCUGGCAGACGUCAUCCGCCAUUGCUCGAACCUCAUAGUCCGCGCCCGGAGCGAAGUCUUCUUCGUUACAUGCGCGUGGUCUCCCUCGUUGGCCCAGCGACUCAUCAAAGCCGCUUUAAUCGAGCUGUCAAGACGAGCCGGGAAGAGGGGGCAACGGGUGGUGGUCAAGCUGAUGUACGACAAAGCCACGGCGGCAAACGCGAUCGAUGCGCACCAGGCCGUGAAGCCAUCGGGAGGCACUUCCCUGCCCGUCCUGCAACCAGCAGCGUACACAUCCAAGUCCAUCCAACUGCCCUCGCCCGAAGAAAUCCCCCACGUCGACUUGGAAGUCAUGACCUGUCACAAAUUUGUACUGGGGACCCUUCAUUGCAAGUUCUGUGUAAUUGACCGCAGGAUAGCCGUUGUUAUGAGCAAUAACGUCGAGGACAACUGCAAUAUGGAGAUGAUGACCCACGUAGAGGGCCCUGUGGUCGACAGCAUAUACGACACGGCGCUCAUCACCUGGAAUAAGAUCCUCCGUCCGCCCCCUCCCCUACUCAACGUCUCGACAGCGGAAGGCAGCCAACCAGACUUUGGUGCAGAGCCUAUUGAUGCGGAUGGCAGUUCGGGGCAAGACCAAGCCGAAGCUGCGGCGAACGGUCAGGGGCACGCGAUACUUCCAGAGCACACACCAGAAGAUCCCCAUUUCGACGACAGCAUAGCAGGAGAAAUUGCGCGAUUACAAUCGUGUUACUCUACCAAGCCCCGGGAAACCCGUCUACAGGCCGCGAACCGCCAACUCAACCUUGUCGUCCAAAACCCCAUCGAUCCCUGUGGCCCUGAAAUCCCCGAAGGCGCUGAGAUGAUGCCAUACAUCUCCACCUUGACUGCAUGCCCCGUGCCUAUGGCCUUGGUGUCACGUCCCCCGUACGGACCCCUCGAUUCAAAAAAUGUCCAUGUCCCGCAGAACGAAUGUUGGUUGUCCCUGAUUCGCAAUGCUCAACGGAACAUAUUCAUCCAGACCCCUGACCUCAACGCUGCGCCGCUUAUCCCUGCCAUAGCGGCCGCAUUAAAGCGUGGGGUUGAAGUUACCUACUAUGUAUGCUUCGGCUACAACGAUGCUGGCGAGAUGAUGCCUGGGCAGGGCGGCAAUAACGAGCAUGCGGCUCGAGCUCUCUUCAACUCCCUUUCACCCGACGGACCGGAGCGUCAAUUACUACAUGUUUACCACUACGUCGCUAAAGACCAAAAUCGUCCCAUUCACCAAUCCUACAAGUCGAGGGCCUGCCACAUCAAGCUAUUAAUAGCGGACCACCAGGUCGGGGUGCAGGGCAGCGGGAAUCAAGACACUCAGUCAUGGGCCCAUAGUUUUGAGCUCAACGUCAUGGUUGAUAGUCCUGAAAUCUGCGGCAAGUGGAGGGAGGCGAUUGACCGAAAUCAAAAUACGAAAGUCUUUGGGAGAGUGGCGGAUGACGGUGUUUGGAAAGACGCAGAGGGAAAUCCCGGGGAAGGAUAUCUCGGUGAUCCGAACUUGAUAAAAGCAUUGGCAGGGAUGGUGAAAAUGAAGGGGAUGGGAGGGUUCUAG